UCAUUCCGUGUCGAGCCGUUAUAGUGGACGCGUGUGCCGAGUUAAAACUGGCUUGUUCGUGAUUUCAAUUUUAAAUUAAGAAUAAACACUAACAUAUUUUUUUUACAUAAUAAAUACUUUUGUUGGAAUUUAAAGUGUAUAAGUGGCCAGUUAACUGUUCUUUUGGCGCAGCUUUACUUAGGGAGUUCAUAAAAAAUAGGAAGAAUGGCGCGCUUCAACACAGUAUUCUUCGGGGCCGGAGUACGUUCUAGUCAUAGGUUAAGCUAUUGUCUCAUUGCCAUGCUGCUCUUAGUAUUACCAGUAGCGCAGUGCCAACUCGAAAAGUUAUAUGUCGAUGAAACGGAUAUUAAUCUCCUUGUGGAUGAGACGCAUCUCUUCAAAUUGAUUCAAAUCGGCGAAUACAACACAACACUCCAAGUUACGUCUCAGAUCCAACACCCUGACAUAGUCCAAUUCGUCCCGCCCGUUAUCGACAUGCCUGGUGUCGAUAAGCCCGACCCGACGACGAAGCACACAUAUGAUAUAUGCGCGUAUGGAAAAAGUCCGGGACAUUCUGAAGUCACGUUUAAUGUCACGCCCCCUGACUUUGUUAAUCUGGAUACCGUCUUUCUCCGCGUCACAGUAAUGCACUCGAAUGCGAUAUACAUAAUCUCCUACAUAAUGGGUUGGAUCUACUUCGCUGCCUGGUCGGUGUCGUUCUACCCUCAAAUAUAUAUAAACUUCAAGAGGAAGAGUGUCGUCGGACUCAACUUUGACUUCUUAGCUCUUAACAUCAUGGGCUUCACCAUGUAUUCCUUGUUUAACUGCGGAUUGUACUUCUCGAAGGAAAUACAGAGCGAAUACUUCACCCGUCAUCCCCGCAGCUUGAACCCAGUACAGUUGAACGACGUGUUCUUCUCCUUGCACGCUUCGUUCGCUACUCUGGUCACCAUCACUCAGUGCUUCUUGUAUGAGCGUGAUAAUCAACGCGUGUCGAUGACAGCCCGCGGGAUACUGAGCGCGUUUGUGUCCGUCGUCAUCAUCACCGCCAGCUUGGGCGCCGCUAGCAAGGUCGCCUGGCUCGACUUCCUCUACUACUGCAGCUACAUCAAACUCUGCAUAACGCUUAUUAAAUAUGUUCCUCAGGCGUAUAUGAAUUACAAGCGCAAAUCGACUGUCGGAUGGAGUAUUGGCAACAUUUUCCUAGAUUCCAUCGGUGGUUCCCUCUCCAUCCUGCAGAUGACCCUCAACGCUUACAACUACAACGAUUGGAUAUCAUUCUUCGGUGACGCUACUAAGUUCGGUCUAGGACUGUUCAGUCUUGUCUUCGAUAUAUUCUUCAUGUUGCAACACUACGUAUUCUACAGAGACGCGCGGUACAUCCUCCUACCAGGUACUAUGUACAACUCAGAUGAACUUCGAGAUGAAGGAUAUUAUAUCGAAGAAGACCCCGAUACAACAGAACCUUACCAAGGUUCUCCCACAUAAUACCAAUACUCUAUCGAAUUGAGUCCAAAACAAUGCUUAUGGUGAAGAAGCAUUAAAUAAUGCAGACGCAUUUUUACAACAAGCAAAGCAAGAGAGAGUAGAAACGUUAUUUUUUUUCAAUAUAUAAAAGAGAGAAAUGGCAACACUCACCAUGGUUGAUGUUUCACGUAAUGAAGAUAAAAGUUUGUUUAAUAAAAAACGUUAAGGCUCUUGGUGUGAGUGAAAUGAGAAGAAGGAUUUGAUUAGGUUGCCAUUUACAUGUGACGUCCGAGCAUAUUCUAAAAAAAAAAAAUUUAUUUGUAAUAAAUUUAAUGACAAUUUAUUCUUAAUUACAUUUGACUAGUGAUAAUUAUUAUUAUUCAGUGCUGGAUAAUUGCAGUGGACAAUAAUAUGACAUUUAUGUAGUUGUAUAAGGUAUAUAAUAUAAUAAUAUUAGUAUUUAAUUAAUAAUGUUGCUAGUAGAUUCGCUAGAUCGGAUGUCCGCUUUAUUCUCUACAGACGAGACGUACUCGUAUGUUAGUUAGUUAGUAACAGCCUGUUAAUGUCCCACUGCUGGACUAAGGCCUCCUCUUCCUUUUGAGGAGAAGGUUUGGAGCUUAUUCCACCACGCUGCUCCAAUGCGGGUUGGUAGAAUACACAUGUGGCAUAAUUUCAAUGAAAUUAGACACAUGCAGGUUUCCUCACGAUGUUUUCCUUUACCGUCAAGCACGAGAUGAAUUAUAAACUCGUAUAUGCAAGAAGUAAAAAUUAAAACUGCCAAUUGUAAGCCAGGGUGGCCUUGUAGAGCAAUAUCUUCUUUAGUGUUGCCACUAAUAACAACAGGGAAAAUAUUUUUGAUUGUUUUAUUGAGAGAGGCAAGAUAGCCUGACUUAAUUUUAGAAUAAGAACUAUCGAAUUGUAACUACCUCUAUCUUUAAUGCAUAUUAUUAGUUAUAUGAAUGUAUACUCAACAAUAUACUAAACCGCUUUGUAUUUUAAAUGUAUUUAAUGUACCAAU